GAAAAAAUGACAAACUCUGAAGAAACUCAAAAAACAAGCAUUGAAUUUACAAAAAGAAAUAAGAUUUUUUACAAGUAAAUAACAGAAAAUUACAAACCAAUUGCGUAUUUAAGAAGAGAAAAUACAAAAGAGUUCAAUCAAACAAAUGUCAAGAGAAGAGGUUAAACAAGCUCGAACAAGAAAUCACAUCAAUCAACACCCAUUAUGCUUUGGAGGAGCGUGAAGUACAUGUACCUCCAUGUACGUUGACUGAACAGGGGAUAUUUUCAGAUGAUUCCCGACGAUGCAUUCUUGGCUACAGAUAAAAUUCCCGGAGUUACUGAAAGUGUCCUAAAACAUAUUGUCCACAGACCAAUAGAAAAAAGUAAUUUACCUCAAGACAAACUGUUCUUAAUGUUUCUGAUGAAGGCCAGUACUUGGUGAAAAAGAUGUAUGCCGAUUUAAUUAAUUCAUCUGAACAUUUUGGUAUUCACAAAGAUGGAACAUCGAGAAAAAAAAAAGAUUUUGGGAAACUCACUUACACUGUCAAAUUCAGAUGUGCUGCCCCUUGGCUUUAACAUGUUGCCACUGAAACGGCCCGAAUUAUAACAAGCACCACUCAAACAGAAUUAUCGGAAGUUGCAUCAUGUGGAGAGACUGUUGUGACGGAUAUUGUAAGAAAGCUCUCUUAUGUUAUGUCUGACAGGGCUGCUAAUGAAAAUUACAGAGUGGAAAGAUGACUUGUUAAAAGAGUAUGAUGGUGAGGAAGACAGGAGUACAAUCUACUCAUUUUAUUGUAUGGUUCAUGUUCUUCUGGGCUACCAUUCCUAUGCAGUGAAACAUCUAAACCAUAUUCAGAGAGAAUUAAAAGAUAAGGGAAUUAAACUUGGAAGAGACCAGACAGUUUUAUACAGACUAGAAAUCGCAGGAGUGCGGACUGUUCGAUUUAUUUCUGAUUUAUUGGGGCCUGUUUCUGAUGAGAAGAAUGGUUUAAGAGAACGAUGGCAUUGGUUAGCAUACUGUAGAAUCCACAACAUCAAGUCUUUAAUUGGAAGUUAUAAAGACAACAGAUUUAAUUGUCUCUUUGAAACAUCUGCCCAAGUGCUAUUCCACAGGAAAGACAUACUUAACUUCUUCAGUGAUCUUCAAACUACAAACUUGAAGGUAAAGUCUGGAAAUCUCGAUCUGAUGGAUGGUAAAAUAGUUGCUAUAAUAACUUCGUUGGCUUCAGUUUAUUUCAAGAUAAGUGGUCCAUACUGGUAUGCUAUGAGUAGUGGACACUGCAACUACCUCUCAUUACAUGAGUAUGUUCAACCAAUGUACCAGAAAAUAAUGUUAUGGGUGAAAGAUCUACUGAGCAUCUUGAAUGUAAAUGAUGAUCUUUUGUUUGAAGAUUUUCCUUACAAAAGAAAGUCUGUCAUGUUCCUGACAUCAAUGCAACAGCCAUCCAAAAUAAAAAUUUUCCUCAAGUGUACAAGUGGUAUUUGUGAAGGUAUGCUUGAAUGUUGCAAGAACCAGCUUUCAGCUUUUCUAUCUGGUGGUAUGAGUAGACCUGUUGAGAAGAAAAAGGAACAGUAUCGGGAGCACCGCUGCAUAAUUUGAUUUGUGAAAGGCACUUUGGAAUGCUGGAUGCCAGCCAAUCAAGGCGCAGAAAUGCAACUCUCCACUACCACACAACUUUAUUACUGUUUAAAUCAAACAGUAAGCGUCUGAGUGACUGGCUAGAUAAGAAGACUGCUGAUGAAAGAAGGGCGCUCUUCGAAAGCAAGAUGCGAGGGUUUGAAGCUUCGUAAAACUCAUAAAGAAUUUGAAACUACUUCAAAGACAAGGAAUCUGCGAAACAGAAACGAAAAAGGCCAACAAUUUCAAAACACUGCAAGAAGCCAUUUGAAAAUGAUGAUAAUGAAAGUGACAACUAUGAAAAAGAUGAAUACAGUAAUGAUAUACUUGCUGAUGGAGACAACAUAGAUAGCGAUGAUUGGAUUGCUGUGGCUUUCGACAAUGGAUGGUUCCCAGGCACUGGUGAAGUUGAAAGGUCUAACUAUCAAUUCCUUGUUAUUUUCCUCCUGAAAUGUAUAUAGCUUAAUUUAUUUCAUUAUUUUUUGAGUGAUCCUGUCUGAUGAAUAUUUUAGAAACUUAUAAUAAGACUGGUCAGUUUCACAUAUUAUAUAAUUUAAAUACAACAUACCUGGUUGAAUAGUGCUUCUGUAGAGCUUUAAUUUGAUAUGCAACAUGAAAGAGUUCCCUUCAAGUUUCAAAAUUUCGAUUGUAUCUUAGUUUAAGUUUUCGUGAAUAAGGGCCCUGAAUGUAGUCAUCGAUUGUUUCUUCAAAAGUUCACAAAUUCGUCGCCGUAAAUGGAGUCGUCUUCGGUAUUUCGUCAAUCUAAUAUUCCUCCAAAAUUACAUGUCUUGGUUUACAUGGCAGCAAAUGAAAGAAAAGCGUUCAAAAUAAUAAUACUUGUGGUCAUGUCAAAACACCAUUUUCUUCUUCAUAUUUCAUUAAUAGUUAAAUCACUCGUAAAAAGGCAUAGUUAACUUCAGCGUAUGGCGUACGUGACUCAUAGCACAUAGCUUCAUAGUAAUCGGACCAAAACUGACAGACAAAAUGGCUGCCCCUCAUUCUCAAAUGGCGUAAAAAUAUGGUAUAUCAAGGCACUCUCCACACAAGUCUUGCUAUCCAGCAUUCGACUCUGCCCACGGCUCACGCACUAAACUGGUCACGUGAUUAACUAGAUGAUGAAAACGACAUCUGUCAGAAAAGUUCCUGGCGUUAUAAACAGUUGAUGAGUUUUAGUCAAUUUUAGGGGAAAAUGUCAUUAAUUAUUACCUCUCCGAAAGAAACAGUCUAAUUUUGCAUGUUUCGUGUGUAAAUGUAUUAGGCCUUACGAUCUCAUUAUAACGGUAAACAGAUCCAUGUGUAUUAUAUUCUAAAAUUAGCACGGCGACAUCCGCAGUUCGUAUUUCCGACCAUUUAACCCUGUAAUCUUACACGAAAGAGUUCCCUGUAAUAUUUGUAAAUACAUUGUUACAUUGCAAUUGUGACUCCAUUUCUAUUUAAAUAUGGUAAUAGUAUUAAAUAUAUUAUCAUUUAUUUGUUUUAAAUCGUAUUGUUUAUCAUUGUCCAUCAACACCAAGAAUCUUA